GGUAGUUAUAUAAUUUCCGGUGGUCCAUGAAGUGGUUCUGAGAUCUCUAACCUUAGCUAAUCGCUACCAACGGAAACCAGCUGAGAGAAAGGGUAGAGAAGACAAGAUGGCGGAGUGAGUGGGUUGCGCUGUACAGUUUGUCGCGACCCUUUAAGUUUGUUGAAAACGCUCUUCAAGGAUUAAAAAGAUAUAAAAGGCAACGGAACGAUCGGACGUAUAAUUAAACAAACAUCAUUUGCCCCUCAAAAGGGAGGAGGUCUGGACAUUUUCUCACGGCGGUCCUUGCGACAAUGUUAGCUUGAUGCUAACGCUAGCUAACGUUACAUUUGACUAGCUGCUACUUCGAGGUAGCUGUUACUAGGUGGUUAUAGACAGCCCUAAGCUUCGUUGGAUUUAGUUCUGUAUGUACAUAAUUUGGAACUGCAAGGCAUUCCGGUUUUCACAAAAGAGGCUUUUAAUCAAGAAGAUUCCGUACAUGUAGUAUACCAAUUUAGCGGAGACCGACGGGAUACAUCUAUUUUUCAACUUGGUUGUGAACGUUAGCAUUCAAUACCUGGAGUAACAGCAAGUCCUUAAUUGCUCAACACCAACUGGCUCAGGACUCUGUAUGUUCUGCUGACGACUCGGCUAGAUUGCCAAGCAAAAGAUUUUGAAGUGCAUUGGGUGGAGAUUGUCUUGUUGGAUAUUAUGGCGAGCAGCAGUGGUUCUAAAGCCGAAUUCAUCGUCGGUGGAAAAUACAAGCUUGUUAGAAAAAUUGGAUCGGGAUCCUUCGGUGACAUAUAUCUGGCUAUUAACAUCACAAAUGGAGAGGAGGUAGCAGUAAAAUUGGAAUCACAGAAAGCCAGACAUCCACAGUUGUUAUAUGAAAGCAAACUGUACAAAAUCUUGCAAGGUGGUGUCGGGAUUCCACACAUACGGUGGUAUGGCCAGGAGAAGGACUACAAUGUCCUAGUCAUGGACCUGCUUGGGCCCAGUCUGGAGGACCUGUUCAACUUCUGCUCUCGUCGCUUCACCAUGAAGACAGUCCUUAUGCUUGCGGACCAGAUGAUCAGCAGAAUUGAAUAUGUACACACAAAGAACUUCAUCCACAGAGAUAUCAAACCAGACAACUUCCUCAUGGGCAUCGGCCGUCACUGUAACAAGUGCUUAGACUCGUCAGUGGGGAAGAGGAAAAGAAGCUUGGCUGUUAGCUCUUCUCAGGACCCAUCUUUCUCAGGAUUAAACCAGUUGUUCCUUAUUGACUUUGGUUUGGCAAAGAAGUAUCGAGACAACCGAACACGACAACACAUCCCCUACAGAGAAGACAAGAACUUGACUGGCACAGCACGCUAUGCCUCCAUCAAUGCACACCUGGGCAUUGAACAGAGUCGGCGUGAUGACAUGGAGUCACUAGGCUAUGUGCUGAUGUACUUCAACAGAACCAGUCUACCCUGGCAGGGAUUAAAGGCUGCCACCAAGAAGCAGAAGUAUGAGAAGAUCUCAGAGAAGAAGAUGUCUACCCCUGUUGAGGUCCUCUGUAAGGGUUUCCCCGCAGAGUUUGCCAUGUAUCUGAAUUACUGCCGUGGCUUGCGCUUUGAAGAGGCUCCAGACUACAUGUAUCUGCGCCAACUGUUCCGCAUCCUUUUCAGGACUCUGAACCACCAGUAUGAUUACACAUUCGACUGGACCAUGCUGAAACAGAAAGCAGCCCAGCAGGGGGCCUCCUCCGGGGGCCAAGGCCAGCAGGCACAAACCCCCACAGGCAAGCAAACUGACAAACCCAAGCCUAACAUGAAAGGUUUCUGAGUGGUCUCUGCACUGAGCAGAGCUGCAGAAGCGUUGGUGACCAGGACCAACAUGUCUCUCUUCCUGGACAAGCGACAAACAGAAAGUCUGUGUCUCUCCUUCCAUAUUAACUAUCUAUGUAAUGGAAAUAUAUAGAUUUACACACACCUUUGUCCGCUGUGUCAUCUAUAUAUUCAUAUGUAUAUAUAAUAAAACUCUCCACUCCAAAAGAAAAGGAUGACAAAGCAGGUUUUUUGGAUGUGGAGGCUGUAGCCCCCUGCCCCACCCUACACCCACCCCUUUGUCACACCUGCCCUCUCCUUCCUGAUCUCUUGUUCAGUCCCUGUCUCUGUCCUCCUGUCAUUGUAGACUUUUUGUAAGGUUUCUUUGGAAACUGAAGUUAAGAAGAUAGUCAGCUGUUUUUCUCUCUCCCAGUGGAAACAUCUCAAAGCAUACCCCCCUUCACUCCUUUAUUUCACUUCCUCCUUUUAUCAAGCAAAAUGUUAAAACAUGUAAACCUAAAAACUGGUCUCCCUUUUUUGUUUUCUGAAAUAAUUAAAUGAUGCAACCCUGGAUGAUGUUAUUUACUAAAAAAUCUGAAAUGUUGGACUUUUUUUCUUUUUGUUUUGUGGUGAUUAGGAGUUUGCCUGUUGAUGAUGUAAGCAGCUCAAUGGCAACAGUCAAAGGUAGAAUGAUACUCUGGCUCUCUCCCUUUCUCUUUAGAGUUCUGAAUUAUUAUUAAAUCUGUUGUAAAACCUAUGGUCUUCUCCAAAAAUACCAAUAAAAACAUUACAUAACUUGGGUUUUCCAA